AUGGGAAAAGAGGUGGAAGACUAUGUGGAUGACCUCGUAGUAAAAUCCAAAACCAGAGAAAGUCAUCAGGGAGUUCUGAGGCGGGUGCUGGAAAGGUGCCGGCUGUAUGGGUUAAAAAUGAACCCAAAGAAAUGCGCAUUCGGAGUCUCAUCUGGCAAGUUCCUGGGCUUUCAGGUACACCAGCGUGGUAUAGAUGUGGAUUCUGAGAAAACCAAAGCCAUAUGCUCUCUUGCACCACCUAAGAAUCCAAAGGAGUUGAAAAGGAAGCCAUAUAUAUGGAGCCAGGGAUGCCAAGAAGCUUACCAGCGGGUACAACAACUGAUCACAAAGCUGCCCACGAUGAAGGCACCUAUUCCAGGACUUCCACUCAAGCUUUAUUUGGCUGCGACAAAUGCUGCGGUUGGAGCUUUGCUUGCGCAGGAUGGCCAUAACGGGGAGGAAAGCCCGUUUAUUAUGUAA